AUGAUCUUCGGCGGCUCCGCUCGAACCUCGAGGGGAACGGCCAUCGCCGCCUUCGUCGCCGUCUGCGUCGUCGUCACGCUCGGCCUCGACGCCCUCCGAAAUCUCCAUCUUUGGCGGCAAGGUUACCGGGUGCGCCUCUCUUCGUCGGGCCUCCACGCCCAUGCUCCCUUCAGCGAAGGGACGGCCGGCCAGUAUGCCGGCGAGCUGCGCGAGUUUUACCUCAAGCAGCUGAGGAAUCCGUCCAUCAAACCCGACGACAACAACUACCAACCCUUUGGCGCCUUCAACUGGACCCUGCCCGCCCCGCCGCACUGGAAGCGGCACCUGGGCGAGAACCUCUGCAUCAUCGACCUCGACAACCGACCCUUCAACCAGUCGCAGGAACUUUUCGGGCCCGAUCUCAUGACGUGGAAACGGGCCACCGAGGUGCACGGCCUGUCCACCGGCAUCCUCAACCACUGGCUAUACGCCAAACUUCACGGCUACCGGUACUACUACGUUGCCAUCGACGACUACGCCGACCGCCGGAGCUCGUGGAAGAAGCCGCCCGUCAUGGGCAGGAUCCUCAAGGAGCACGACGUCUGCAUCUACCUCGACUCCGACGCCAUCUUCCAACGCCUCGACCUGCCCAUGGAGUGGCUGCUCAACUACUGGCAGCUCUACCCCGACAACAACUCCCUCGGCCUCGCCCGAGAUCCCGAAGUCGACGGGAACAAGGACCAGUUCGGCAACAUCUACCUCAACACGGGCUUCAUCGUGGCCCAGAACAACCCCAAGACGUACGAGAUCUUCAACGCCUGGCAAAAGUGCGCCGACGACGGCGAGCCCUAUCCCGAAUGCACAAAGUACCGCCUCAACGCCCCCGGCCAGCCCACCGACCAGGGCGGCUUCGGCAACUACGUGCGCUACAGCUUCAACGAGAGCAUCCGCGUCCUGCCCUGCACCGAGGCCAACGGCUUCCCCGAGACGGACCUCCACUGCAAGGGCCAGUUCAUCCGCCACCUGUGGACUGGCAAGCAUGACCAGAUCAAGAUUGAAGUCGGCGGCCAGCUGCCCGGACCCUUUCUGGAAAUGUUCCACGAGCAGUUCAGGCGCGAAAAGGACACGUUUUACAUGACUGAGAGGGACCUCAUGAACAAGGGCCCCAAGGCGGCGACGAAGCGGAAGCCCCGUGGAGAGUAG